AUGAGUCUGUUUGCAGCUGCUCGUCUUGUGCGCUCGCCUCUGGCGAUGGACCAGAGUGUUCUGAGUGCUGCGCGCCUCUCGCCGCGUGCUCUGCAUACCUCGUCGAAGGUGGGUGCUAUUACCUGGUCGAAGCAGCCUCCGGCGAAGACGGUGCCUGUGUCGCAGGAGCAGGACCUGAAGAACCUGAACCGCGUGCGCAACGAGCGUCCGAUCUCGCCGCACCUGACGAUCUACCAGCCGCAGCUUACGUGGUACUCGUCGAUUGCCAACCGUAUCACUGGUGUGGGUCUGAGUGCUCUGCUGUACACGUACGCGAUCGGCUACCUCGCUGCGCCGUACUUGGGCCUCGGUGAGGCUCUUAGCUCGGGUGUGCUCCUUACGCACAUCUCUCACCUUCCUCUGUGGCUCAAGCUGACGGUGAAGGCCCCGCUGGCGGCCGUGUUCUCGUACCAUCUGUUCAACGGUAUACGUCACCUUUCGUGGGAUCUGAACAAGUUCACGACGCUGCGUAGCUCGUACGCCUUUGGCUACACCGUGCUCGCCGCUACGGCGGUGUCGACGGUGGGUCUCUGCAUGAUGUAA